AGGAAGGAGCGUUUGGCGGACUGGUGACGAGCAAACGUGUUGUUUGUUUUGGCGGAAAAUUUGAAAGAUAGGAAGUAAAAUGGAAGAGGAUUCAGACGGAUUAGAUAUGGAUGGAAGUAUAUUGUCGUGGGAUACAUUUCAUAGGGAUAAUAUUCCAAAGCGGAAAAAUUCAGGAUCUGCAAAAGAAAUGGAAGAUAGCGAGGAUAUGGUGUUAGCAGUACAAACCGUGAGUAAAAAGAAGAAGAAAAAGAAAAAGGUGUCACAGAUUAGUAGUGGAGAAGGUAAUUUGUCAAAUGAAGAAACAAAUAGAGAUAUGUAUAAAGUAAUGGUGACCUUUGAGAAAUCAUCAGGAAAGCAUAUGCACCCUAUUGGGUUAUCUAAAGCAAUAAACAAAGAAGUUGGUGUUGUAAGUAUGGCUCAAUGUUUAGGGCAGGGAAGAGUGCUGAUUAUUGUCAAAGAUGUUGCCCAACGAAAUAGACUGUUAAAACUUAAGGAUUUAAAUGGGGAGAAGAUAUCAGCCCGAGAGAUUGGUAUUAACAGUAAUGUAAAAGGUGUCAUAGUAGGAAUUCCUUUGGAUAUUACUAUGGAAGAAAUUAAAGAAAACGUGAGAGGGGGAAAGGUGAUAAAUGCAAGAAGAUUGUUUCAAAAUAAAGAGGGACAGAGACAAGAAAGUCUGUCUAUUCUACUGACAUUUGAAGGAAAAAUUCCAGAAAAGGUCCAGUUGGGAUAUCUAAGUUACACAGUAAGGGAGUUUAUUCCAAAACCGCUAAGAUGUUUCAAAUGCCAACGUAUAGGUCAUGUGGCUGCAGUAUGUCGAGGUAAGGUGAGAUGUUCAAGGUGUGGGGAUGAGCAUGAAUAUGACAAAUGCCCAGAAAAUGCAGUGAUUAAAUGUUGUAAUUGUGGAGGCCCUCAUAGUGCAGCGUAUGGGGGAUGUAAAGUGCAGAUGGAAGCAAGAGAAGUUCAAAAGUAUAAAGUAGGAAACAAAGUAAGCUAUGCAGAAGCUUUAAAAGCAUGCAGACAUAGAGUUAUCAAGCAGAAAGAAAUGAGGGCCAGAAACAGUCAAGAAGACAGUGAAUUGAUAAAUAAACAAGUUUUAGAUCAUUUGAAUAAGAAUGGUGAAAAAGAGGAGAGAAGUAAUGGAAGUCAUCAAUGCCGUCUAAGGGAAGACUCAUUAAUAAUGACAAAUGAAAAUUUUCUGGCUUUUAUAAUCAAGGUUAUCAAUGUUACUGCAAUGAUGUCGAGCAGAUCAGCUAAGAUGAAAGUAGUCUUGGAGGCAGCAUCAGAAUUCUUAGGGAUAUCAGGAAUAACAGUUCAGAGGAUUCAUGGAAUGUUUGCUCGGUCAUCAUCUCAUGAGGCUUCUCAGCUGUCUAAUUAGCCUGAUGGUAAUAAGUGUUUUACAAUGGAAUGCAAGAAGUAUUAUAGCAAAUGGACAAGAAUUUAAGAAAUUUAUUACCGAGUUAAAUCAUAGACCAAGUAUAAUAUGUGUGCAAGAAACAUGGCUUAAAACAAAUUUGCAAUUUAAGUUAUUUGGGUAUAAUUCCGUUCGGAAGGACAGGGAAGAUUCACAAGGUGGAGGGGUAGCAACAUUUAUUCAAGAAGAGAUACCAUAUAGAGUUAUUAAUGAUAUUAAAGAGCUGGAAUGUGUAGGUAUAGAGAUAUAUUAUCAAGGGGGAUCAAUUGAGAUCUUUAAUUUUUAUAAUCCAUGUAAUAAAAUCUCAUUAGAGGCACUUAAUAAGGUUGGUGGGAAUAUUGGAAAAAUGGAAAUGUGGUGUGGAGACUUCAACGCUCAUAAUUGGUUAUGGGGUAGUGAAAAAAUUGAUCAUAAUGGGGAAACAGUGGAGCAAUUUAUGGAGGAUAGGUCGUUGGUUUGUUUAAAUAAUGGAGAAGGAACUAGGUAUAACAUAAAUAAGAAUAAGUUAUCAAGUAUAGAUUUAACUAUGAUAUCAAGUGUGAUGGCAGAAAGGUGUGAAUGGGGUGUGGUUAAUGAUACUAAUAUUGGAAGUGAUCAUUUUCCUAUUUUGUGUAGUAUUAAUAUCAACAGAUUAAGAGUAGAAUAUAAUUUGCAAGGGAAAUGGUUGUAUGAAAAGGCAGAUUGGGAUGCAUUUAAUAAUUAUUGUGAAAUGAAUUUAAAGGGAGUGAAUGAAGAAUCAGUAGAAACAUUUUGUAAUUCUUUAUCAGGUUUGAUUAUAGAAGCAGCAAAUGUAAAUAUUCCAAGAAGGAGAGGGGGAAAGACAAUAAGGAAUAUACCAUGGUGGACAGAGGAGUGUGGUGAAGUAAUAAAGAAAUGAGGAAAUGGAAAUACGGAACAGUAGGUGGCGGUAUGUGCUUAGUUCACCAGUCCGCCAGAAAACGAAAGAAGAAGAAGAA